CUCUUCCUUUAUGGUGUAUGUAUAUACAACUAAGAAUUCCAAUAAUCUCUCUUUUUUCCAUUUUUAUUAUUUUUCCACCAGAAUAUUAAGUAAAUAACACAACUAAGAAAACAAAGCUCUCUCAAACAUUAUACUAUAAUAUACUUCCUGUCUAUAUACUAUGACCAUGCAAAAUCCUCUCUCUCUCCCAAAAACCACCAAUAUCAUUGGCAUUAUAGUACUAGUACAAUAACAGAAGUACAGCUAUUUUAUUUUAAUCUCGAGUACUGAUUUUCUCUCCUCAACCUCGGACAAUGACGACAAUAGUGCAGAAAUUAAUAGUCGAAGUUGUGGACGCCCGGAAUCUUUCUCCAAGAGACGGGCACGGCACGUCGAGCCCGUACAUGAUGGCCGACUACUACGGCCAGCGAAAGCGAACCAAGACGGCGGUCCGUGAUCUAAACCCGACGUGGAACGAGGUUUUGGAGUUCAAUGCCGGGAAGCCCUCGGAGGUUUUCCAAGACGUCCUCGAGAUUAACGUUUUUCAUGAUAAAAUCCACGGCCCCACCAGGCGGAGCAACUUCCUCGGAAUGCUCCGAUUGAGCUCCUCCCAGUUCGUCAAGAAAGGUGAGGAGGCCUUGAUCUACUUUCCUCUCGAUAAGAAACGCUUUUUCAACUUUGGCAUUCAAGGCGAUAUCGGCUUGAAAAUCUACUUUGCCGAUGAAAUCAUUCCGCCGCCGCCUCCGCCUGAACCGGAGGCGAAGGCUGAGCCAACACCACCUCCAGAAGCUCCGGCUGAACCCGCUACCGAGUCAAAUCCUCCAGAAGCUACAGCCGAGCCCGCUACUGAGUCAAAACCUCCAGAAGAUGCCUCAAAAGAACCCGAAAAGAUCGACGCGCAGCCAGAACCUCCACCGGAGCAGCUGGCGCCAGUGCCAGAAACUAAAAAAGACGGCCGAGAAUUGCCGGUUGAUCAGCCUGAAGCUGAUCAUAAGGAAGGAGGUAGUAUUCCAUCUCCGCCACCGCCACCACCUCCGCCUCCCAUGGCCAUGCAUGCCAUGCAAGUUGAGGCCGAGCUUGAUAUGAUGGCGGCUUCUGUUUGCAAAAAUUCGAUGCCGGAGGUGAAGUUCACGGGGGGAAUUAACGGUCCAAGGCCAAUCAGGAGGCCGUUUUCCGGCGAUCUUCAGUUCGGAAUCUCCUCCGUUGCUUCCAUGGAAUGUUCGUCGUUCGAUCUCGUGGAGAAGAUGCACUACCUGUUCGUGAGAGUGGUGAAAGCCAGAUCGCUCCCCACCAAUAUUGGAAAUCCGAUCGUGAAGAUCGCCGUCUCCAACAACCACGUCCGAUCCAAACCCGCAAGAAAAACGAUCUUCUUCGAGUGGGACCAGACCUUUGCCUUCCCCCGCGAAUCACCGGAAUAUUCCUCCUCAUCCAUUCUGGAAGUCUCCGUGUGGGACCCAUCAGACAUGGGACAUGAACAGAACUUCUUGGGAGGAAUCUGCUUCGAUACGACGGAAAUCCUCCUGCGGGACCCACCAGACAGCCCCCUUGCCCCGCAGUGGUACAGAUUGGAAGGAGGAGGGGCCCACCAUGGAGAUCUAAUGCUUGCCACGUGGAUUGGGACUCAGGCUGACGAAUCGUUUCACGAAGCGUGGAAGAGUGACACAAACGCAAGAGCCAAAGUCUACCAAUCGCCGAAGCUUUGGUACCUCCGAGUGACGGUUCUAGAAGCACAAGACAUCCUCCCCAUAACGACGUCGUUAAAGGAAUACACUUUCCAACUAAAAGCCCAGCUCGGAUUCCAAACCCUCAAGACCAAACCAUCGGUGACCAAAAACGGCACUGCGUUUUGGAACGAAGACAUGGUUUUCGUCGCCGCCGAGCCUUUCACCGAACACCUGGAGUUCACACUCGAAAUACGACAACCGAAAGGCCCCAACCCGCUUGGAAACGCCGUCGUUCCGCUCUCCGCCGUCGAGAGACGAGUCGACGACAGAAAAGUGGCUUCCCGGUGGUUCUCCUUAGAGAAUAACAAUAUCGACGAUAAGAUCAUGAAGAGGAAAUCGUUUACUAAUAACAGAGCAAGAGUCCAUCUCCGCCUCUGCUUUGACGGAGGGUAUCACGUGAUGGACGAGGCGGCACACGUGGCCAGCGAUUUCCGACCCACCGCCAGGCAGCUCUGGAAGCCCCCUGUCGGCACCGUAGAGCUCGGAAUCAUCGGAUGUAGAAACCUCGUCCCUGUCAAAACAUCCGUACCCGACGGAAGGGGAUGUACGGACGCCUACUGUGUCGCCAAGUACGGCCCUAAGUGGGUCCGUACCCGUACGGUGUCGGACAGCCAGGAUCCGAAAUGGAACGAGCAGUAUACCUUCCAAGUGUUCGAUCCCUGUACGGUUUUGACGAUCGGGGUUUUUGAUAGCUUCGAGUCUUGCGAGAUGGACGGCUGGAAAGACGCCACGCGUCCUGAUUUCCGCAUUGGUAAAGUUAGGGUGAGGAUUUCUACUUUGGCCGCGGGGAGAGUGUAUAGGAAUGUGUACCCGUUGCUUUUGUUGUCGCCAGCUGGGAUGAAGAAAAUGGGUGAGGUGGAGAUUGCUAUGCGGUUUGUAAGGGUGCGUCCUACGAUGGAUUUGCUCCACGUGUACUCGCAGCCCUUGUUGCCGUUGAUGCACCACAUCAAGCCGCUCGGGGUUGUCCAACAGGACGCGCUGAGGAAUGCCACCGUUAAGAUCGUCACCGAGCACUUGUCCCGGUCGGAGCCACCCCUUCGGCGUGAGGCCGUGCUUUACAUGCUCGACGCAGACUCGCAUACAUUCAGUAUGCGAAAGGUGCGUGUGAAUUAUUUCAGGAUCAUUAAUGUGAUUGGUAAUGUGAUGGACAUUUUCAACUGGGUGGACAAAACGCGCACAUGGAAGAAUCCGACUGCUACGGUGCUCGUGCAUGCGUUGAUGGUGAUGCUAGUGUGGUUCCCUGAUUUGAUCAUCCCGACGCUUGCGUUUUAUGUGUUUGUGAUUGGAGUUUGGAAUUAUAGGUUCCGAUCAAGGGACCGGCUUCCCCACUUUGACCCGAAACUCUCUUUUGUGGAGACCGUCGAUGGUGAAGAGCUGGACGAGGAAUUCGACGCGCUGCCAAGUGUGAGGCCGCCCAAUGCAGUUCGAGCGAGGUAUGAUAAGCUGCGGAUGUUGGGGGCUAAGGUGCAAACAGUACUAGGGGAUGUAGCCACGCAAGGUGAGCGCAUCCAAGCAUUGGUGACGUGGCGUGAUCCACGUGCCACGGCAAUAUUUGUGGGAUUGUGUUUCAUCGUGGCAAUGAUAUUGUACUUGGUCCCAUCAAAGCUGGGUAUGAUGGCUUUUGGAUUUUAUUAUUUCCGCCAUCCCAUCUUUCGUGAUCGAAAUUCGCCUUCCCCUGCUUUGAACUUCUUUCGAAGACUUCCUUCUCUCUCUGAUCGGAUAAUAUGAUACGAUAAUAUGACUCUCCUUAUCUUAUUCUGUCGGCCCAUCGGUACUCCUGGCAUUUUUGUUGUGUUCACUUAACUUUUCUUCUUUAUAUAAUGUAACUUCUUAAUGAGUUAAUAAUAUGCGUGUAUUAAUCUA